CGAUAGAUUGUUGCCAUGUAAGAAUUUGCGAGUGUCAAGCAUGCUUGAUCUAUAAAUUCCCACGUCCCACGAGCAGCCGGAUUCUCCACCGUCAUCUUGGCCUAUAGCAACCACCAUCCAUUGAUCCACGGCGUUCCUCCCUUCCCCAACCUAAACCCAUCUCAUGGGAAAAGGGAAUGGAAAUUCGAAUUAUACAAUGAACCCACCUCAAGAACAAGACAAUACACCCUCAGAUUCCCCAAAAGUCCAAGUAUUAGAAGCGCAAGAACCGGAACCGGUAAAUGAAUCUCACCGUCUAUUACCCUCACCACUCCGGUCAACUGAGAAUAGUGUAAAAACAGAACAAGAAGAUGAAGAAGACGUUGCGUAUGAAUCCGGUGAAAAAAUUUUGAUUCAUGAUUUCGAAUUGGAUUCCACCAGCUCCACAGAUUUUAGCAGUGUGCCACCGUUUUCGUUUAAGAAAUUGUGGUUAUUUACGGGUCCCGGUUUUUUAAUGAGUAUUGCCUUCUUGGAUCCUGGCAAUUUGGAGGGGGAUCUGCAGGCUGGAGCAAUUGCCGGCUAUUCGUUACUCUGGUUAUUGAUGUGGGCAACCGUGAUGGGUCUACUGAUCCAGCUUCUGUCAGUGAGAGUGGGUGUGGCAACCGGCCGGCACUUGUCCGAGCUGUGCCGGGAGGAGUACCCUGAUUGGGCCCGGCUUUUGCUUUGGUUCAUGGCGGAGCUGGCUUUGAUCGGGGCGGAUAUUCAAGAAGUUAUUGGCAGUGCAAUUGCUAUACAGAUUUUGAGCCGUGGGAUGAUCCCCCUUUGGGCUGGGGUGUUGAUUACUGCUUCUGAUUGUUUUAUGUUUUUACUUCUUGAAAACUACGGAGUGAGGAAGUUGGAAGCUGUUUUUGCUGUUCUUAUUUCAACAAUGGCACUUUCGUUUGCUUGGAUGUUUGCUGACACUAAACCUAGUGGAAAGGAGCUUCUAAUAGGUCUCUUGGUUCCCAAGCUCAGCUCAAGAACAAUUCGACAAGCUGUGGGAGUUGUGGGUUGUGUAAUAAUGCCUCAUAAUGUUUUCCUGCACUCUGCUUUGGUGCAGUCAAGGAAGAUUGACCCUAACAAGAAAGGUCAGGUCCAGGAGGCUAUUAAUUACUAUGGAAUUGAGUCCUCAGUUGCUCUCCUUGUCUCCUUCAUGAUCAAUCUAUUUGUCACAACUGUCUUUGCUAAAGGGUUCUACGGCAGUAAACAAGCAGAUGGGAUAGGCUUAGUAAACGCAGGACAGUAUCUUCAAGAGAAGUAUGGUGGUGGACUGUUUCCAAUUCUCUACAUAUGGGGUAUUGGAUUAUUGGCAGCUGGACAGAGUAGUACUAUUACUGGCACAUAUGCUGGACAGUUUAUAAUGGGAGGAUUUCUUAACCUUCGGUUAAAGAAAUCGUUGAGGGCAUUAAUAACUCGAAGUUGUGCAAUUUUACCAACUAUAAUGGUGGCGCUGGUUUUCAACAAAUCAGAAGCAUCCUUAGAUAUAUUGAAUGAAUGGCUCAAUGUCCUACAGUCUAUACAGAUACCUUUUGCACUCAUCCCACUUCUGACCUUGGUGUCCAAGGAGCAGGUCAUGGGAGUCUUCAAAAUUGGGCCUGCUCUUGAGAGAGUUGCAUGGACAGUGGCUGGCCUGGUGAUAGUGAUUAAUGGAUAUCUUUUGCUAGACUUUUUUCUGUCUGAAGUUAAUGGGCUGCUUUUCGGUUUUCUCGUUUGUGCUGGAACAGCAGCGUAUGUAUCAUUUAUUGUAUAUCUUAUUUCACAUAGUGGUAGUGAACUUUCAAAUUGGCUAAAACAAUUAUUCUCCAAGGGGAAUGCGUAGCUGGACAUUGAGCUGAUGAUUUUCUGUCUGAUUUGCUGAUUUUGAAUGCCUUAAAUAGCAUUCUCCAAAUCAUAAUCAAAUUAAAUAAGAGUCGGGACAUUCCUCUGCCUUUCUCGUUGGAAAUCAUACAUCUAACAUAGUGCAUUCAUAGAGGGAAAAUGUACGUGCUAAAUUGUACAGCAUGAGCAGAUAAAAACUGGAUGGAGGUGCUUUUCUGUCAUCACUGGACAAGGUUCAUUGUACUUAUUUAUGGCUGUCCAUAUGUAAAACAAUUUUCUUAGUCCUCAAUUUUGUGAAAUGAAUAGUAUUUCAUUCAGUGUAGCCAGAUAUGUAUUUGUUAGUUGCUAUAAGGUACUUUAAUCAAAUCAAGUUGAAAUGAGUUUUGGUAUUCUGAGACCAGUUGUUGUUAUGGACCUUUCUUGUUUGUUUGUUUGGUGUUUUCCUUGUAAUCAUUCCAUUUUUUAGUUAGACCAAUGUCAUCAAAUCAUCAUUGCCGUUGCAUUUUGCUCUCUCUACUCUCCCCCGUCCCCAUCAUGGACGCGCAAAAAGUUCAACUCGGGAGAUAUUCACAUCAACUUGAAGUGUCCUAUGGAUUCGUUUGCUCACUAGCUAGUAUGUAAUUGAUGCUAGCAGACUGUUGUAUUGAUGUGUUCCACCUGCUUAUUGUAUAUUUAUAUUGUGCUCA